UGUGUUCAGUAACGUUGCUUAAUGUAGUUGUCAUUUAAUAUUGACCCUUUUCUACCGUAGACAAUAUAGGCUUUUAUUAUUUAACAUUUAUAUUACACGUGCAUGACUGUUAUCGCUGUUAAACCACAUCUAUUUGUGUUUUCAGAAGGAAGCUAGCCAUUUUGGCUAACUCUAUCAACAUCCAUUGAUUUUGACGGCAUUUAUAACGAUAGGCCUUUGGUUACGCGGUUAGUGUGCGUUAUUAUAAGUAUCACAAAUUCUACGCGACUGCUUUCCAAUUACAGGUAGAGCCAAAACAUGAGUGCAGAAGACCCAAACCCAGCCGCCACACCCACUCUCUGUGUAGACACCCAGGGAGAUGGACGAUGGAUGUCUCUGCAUACCCGCUUUGUGUCUGACAGCAAAGACAAAGAGCCUGAUGUCGUGUUUGUUGGAGACUCUCUUGUUCAGCUGUUGCACCAGUUUCCGAUAUGGCGCCAGUUGUUCUCUCCUCUACAUGCCCUCAAUUUUGGAGUGGGUGGUGAUACAACGCAGCAUGUGCUGUGGAGACUGAGCAAUGGUGAACUGGAUAACAUCAGCCCAAAGGUUGUCGUGCUAUGGGUUGGCACUAAUAAUCAUGGUCACACUGCUGAACAGAUCUGUGGAGGCAUCAUGGCUAUUGUCCAAGUCAUCAAGAACAAGCUCCCCCAUGCCCACACGCUCGUACUUGGUAUACUACCCAGAGGUAAAGCACCAAACCCUCUCCGGGAGCGAAAUGCCAAGGUGAACGAGCUAGUCCAGGAGACUUUAUCAUCUCUUCCACAUGCCUCUUUCCUCAACGUGGAUCCUGGCUUUGUCCACUCCAAUGGUAGCAUCUCUCACCAAGACAUGUAUGACUACCUUCACCUGACCCCUCAGGGCUACCGUAGGGUGUGUGAACCCCUCUACGCUCAUCUCAAGUCCAUGCUAGAUAAACCUGCUGAGAACUGAGCAGCCAGGUUCCAAAUGUACACUACCACAGUGGUCCUCGUCCCUGUUUCCGCAGAGCAUCACACUUUGCUCAUUAAGACCUCAGAUGGUGGAUAGAAUCCAUUAUUAAGGGCUAAGAGCUGCACAGAUCAUUGAAGUCCUCUCCACAGCGAGGGUUGGUGACCACUGUUACAGAUAAUGGGACCAUGCAUUUUUUGUGUUAAUAAUGCAGUCAAAAUUUAAUUGUGCUGUGCUGUAAAGAGCACCUGUUCUACUAGCAUUUACUUCCCAAAAUGUUUUGUCAUAGACAGAUUGUUUCAUUUUUCUGCAGCAUGAUACAAGGAAUGAAUUUGACAGGUGAUUCCAGGUAGUCAUUGCCAGUGACUUAGCAAUCAAGGCAAUAGAAUAACAUCUGAGGAGAUGCCAUUUAGAACACAUAGAUAAACCUAAAUUAAUCCAAAUGUUCAAUGGUUAAUAAUAAAAGAUAAAAAUAUGCAAUUUUUUUUAAUGAAAACAUUCUGUGUGUUCAAAUGUUCUUGGUUGCCCCUUGUUAAAAGCUGAAUAUAUAACCAUGGCCUGCACAUCUCAUCUACUUGGCUACAUUUGUAAUGUAUUUAUCAAAGCUGAUUUUACUUCAGAACAUUUCAUAAGUACUGAUGUAGAAACCCACUAUUGCAAGAUACUUGAAAGAGGACCUGGUUAAUUUUUGGAGUUAUCUUUAUUUGGCAGUACCAUCUAUGUAACAUCUAAUGUUUUUUUGUACAUGUUCAUUUCAAUGACCUAAGAUUUCCCUUUUGUUUGUUUACACAUGCAAAAAACUGACCAUUGCUGUCUACUUGCUUUUCAUAAUGUUUUCUUUUCUCAUUAAUGUCCUUCAAUCUUUUCCCUUCUCCUAUUGUAACAACAGCUGUAUUUCAUUGCAAACAUAGUUGCGUUUGAGUAGUUUACUUUGCAUCAGGUUCAUUGUUCUCUGCAACGUAUUGCCUCAUUAGAUCGCUGAAAAGGCUUCACUUACAUGCUUCUAAGAAACCUGGAUAAGGAUUGUGCUGCAGAACUCACAUUGUGGUCCAGAAUGGGUGAUUGUGUAAGAGAGGAAAGAAAUGCAUUAAAUAUAAACGCAAGAUGG